CAGGAAGGAGCGGUAUCAGUAUCUAAACACUCGACCAGUGUGGAAAGGCCUCCGGCUCCGGAUUGGUCAAGCACAGACUCUCAUAGGGUUCCUAUAGUCUGUCAUCUCUCAGUGCUAUGAGGGCGCGCGACUCCGACUGUACCGGAUCACACAGCUGACGCCUGAACGCGCCGACGGAAUAAUUAACGAAUCAUGAACCACUGAGGACUCCAAGCUUUUAUAUCUCAUUUUUCACAGUGGUUGCCUUUUUGUCUUUGUUUAUGGGGUGUCCUGUUUGUUUUAUUUUUCUUAUUCAGUCAUUCCAGGAGUUAUCAGCCCUGACGGGAAUGCAGUGGAAUACUAAAUGUAAUAGAAAGAAGGGCAAGCAAGACAUGAAACGAGGACUGGACCAUCACGUCUAACAUCAAAGCAUGGGAUCAUAAUGGAUUUUAAACAGAUUUUUUAUUAGUUUUAUUUAUUUAAUGCCAUUUUUUUUUUUUUUUUUUUGAAGAUCUGAGGUGAAAUUCUUGUCUAUAAAUACUCUUUAAAAUUAUUUACAAAGUUUUUAUUGCUCAUUUUUAAUUAGCGAUUCAACAGUCUGGAACGGUUUUAACGGCGCAACAUUCGAUUAUUCUUCUCAGUCUUCUGGUAAGGCUGACACUAGGCCUUGGUGAGUUGGCUGUUGCCUCGAGCUGCAGCUAUGGACAUUGAGGUGAGGCAACGUCCUUUCUCCCCAGCAACCUCACCAUGCUGAACAAUGUCUUCGACGUGAUGUACAUGAUUCUGGAGCUGCUGAUUGCCCUGCUCUCGAUCCUGGGCAACGUGUUGGUCUGCUGGGCAGUGGGCCUCAACAGCAACCUCCAGAGCAUCACCAACUUCUUUGUUGUUUCACUGGCCGUGGCGGACAUCGCAGUGGGUGUGCUGGCCAUCCCCUUCUCAAUCGUGAUCAGCACUGGUUUUUGUGCCAAUUUCUAUGGUUGUCUGUUCAUCGCCUGCUUCGUCCUAGUGCUGACCCAGAGCUCCAUAUUUAGUCUUCUGGCCAUUGCCAUUGACCGCUACAUUGCCAUCAAGAUCCCGCUAAGAUACAACAGCCUAGUAACCGGGCAGCGUGCCAAAGGCAUCAUAGCGAUCUGCUGGGUUCUGUCGGUUAUCAUCGGUCUAACGCCCAUGCUAGGCUGGCACAAAGCCCGCUCAGAGAAAGCCAACAGCACCUGCCCGCCUGGCAUGAUGGAGUGUUUGUUCGAGGAGGUGGUAGUCAUGGACUACAUGGUCUACUUCAACUUCUUUGCCUGCGUGCUGCUGCCUUUGCUCCUCAUGCUGGCCAUUUACCUGCGGAUCUUCAUGGCUGCGCGCCACCAACUCAAAUGCAUCGAGUCCAAGGCCGUGCCAUGCGAGCUCAAGUCCCGCUCCACCCUGCAGAAAGAGGUCCAUGCCGCCAAGUCUCUGGCCAUCAUCGUUGGCCUGUUCGCUGUGUGCUGGUUGCCGCUGCACAUCAUCAACUGUUUCACUCUGUUUUGUCCGCAGUGUGAACGGCCACCUGUUCUUAUCAUGUACCUGGCUAUAAUCCUUUCGCAUGCAAAUUCGGUUGUGAACCCUUUCAUCUACGCCUACCGCAUACGCGAGUUCAGAUACACCUUCCGAAAGAUAGUACGCUAUCACAUCUUGGGCAGACGGGAGCCUCUCUCUUGUAACGGGAGCACCCGAACCUCAACCCGAACGAGCGUGGCAGACUCACUUCGGAUUAAAGUCAACGGCCUGGUGCGAGAACUCUACACUGAGCAGAGCAGCACCACCAGCAGCUGUGAAAGUGCCGAACCCGGCCACACACACAGACCUGUUGCCACGGAAAACUCCAUAUUAGACAACCAGCCUAUGGAACUCACUAAUUCCCACAGACAUCCGGCACCGAAGCAUCCAGAGUCGCCGCUCACUGGGAAUAAUGAGCGUGUUGCGUGCAGGAAGCAUGCUGUAUUUGACAUUACAGAUGGGAAGGAUCUGUCCUCACCACUUCACAUUAAAUCAGCCCUGUACCUGCAAACAGCCAACUGUAUUGAACUCACAGAGGUUUCCUGAUAAAUAAUGCUCUCUGAAUGAUGGAUUCAAAUUAUUUAUUUGCUGCUCCAAAAGAACGAUGGGCUAAAAUAUGAAGAACAAAGUGUAUUUUUGCUUCUUUAAGGACUUGACAUUGAUGUGGACCCAGUAGCAACUCAGAACUGGGUGUGUACAGUUUGACAUUGUAAUGAUUUUAAUGAAAAUGUAAAAAAAUUAAAGAGCAAGACAUGGCUGACUGAAAUGGGCAUCAAUAAUGAAUUUUAGUUCUUUUUUAUCAGAUACAAUUUUCAAACUUAAGAAUGUAAAAAUUCUGAAUUUAAAAGUUGGCUCCUUUUCAGUUCAUGAGUUGGAAUUUGAACCAGUCACAGGAUGUUGAAUUGUCUAUUAUAUAUAUAUAUAUAUAUAUAUAUAUAUAUAUAUACAUUUAAUACAUUAAUUUUUAGUUUAUGGAUGAUUGUUUAAUGGAGGAUAUGUUUCAAAAACUGCACUUCCAUUUUAAUUCAUAAAUCUAAAUGUAAAUUUCAAUUCGACAUCCUGUUUGCUUCCUUAAAUCAAAUUCAGGAAUUUAAGGGGAGACACUACAGGCAAAAACACUGUUUUUUCAGGCACCUGUCAAUUUUGAGAUUUUGCACUUUUUGGCUUUUCAUAAGUGUUUUUUCAGACUGGUGGAAAGAAAACAUCCAAAAUACAUUUUUAAGUGUAUAUCUUAUAGCACUUUAUCUAUUUGCGUCUAUAGAUUUCAAUUACAGUAAAUAUCUUUAAAGGCCGUUUUCUCAAAAUGAGUUUUUUCUCCUGCUCUGAGUCAGAAAUCUCCACUUCAGCAGAACUUAUAUACACCAAACUUUACAGUUUUAUUCCUAUCUAUAUUCUGAAGGCUUUUACAGAGGAUAUGUUGAUAUAUCAUUCCUAUCCUGAGUUAUAGGUUCUUUUACUCAAAAAAACAUGGCGAAAAUAGAUUUUUAAGGCUAUUGUCAGUAUUCUCUAAUUUACUAAAGCACAAAAUAAGAUAUCCAGAAUCCUCUCUGUAAAAGCCCUUUCAUCUAAUAUGUCAACAAAUAGAACCAAGAAUUUUAAACCUGGACCUUUCCAAUUUCCAGAUUUUGUUUUAGGAAAUGUAUGCAAAUGAGCAUAUAUUUAAGUAUAUAAGGUUGCAUAUUAAAACAUAAAUUUACACAAAACUUGUAAUACAUUUUUUUCUUAUGUUUAUGCCAGUAAUAAACUGGAGAAGUUUCACAGUGAUAUCUUCUAAUUUUAAAAAAAUCCCUAUUCACCUGUAGUGUCUCGCCUUUUAAAAGGCAUUCUCAAUUAGUUCUCAUUGGUUCACACCCUAAGACUGGGAGCACAUGCUGAUCAUUUCCUUGUGACGGGCUGACAGCUGAACCCAGCAGACAUGAACACAACCUCUGCAUCUGCACUGCAACACAAACAUGAACCCAAAAUUCUACAUGCACAAAUGUCCACAGUGAUUUGUAACUGGGAACUGGAAGAGCAUGUUAGUGAAAGUUAGUCAGCAAGACUCUAUUCCAUAAGCUAGAACAUGUAUUUGUCCAGCAUUGCAACUCAUGCCGUGUUGUUUGUCUGCGUGUUUUGUAUGCUUUGUAGAAGGUUUUAAGUAUUGCUCUUUGACUGUGGUUUUCUAUGAGACACUUUCCACCUAUAGGAUACAUUUAUGGAGUCCAGUUAUUUUUGUUUUUAAAUCAUUAGAGGGACAAAUCCCAUGCUUUUUGUUGUGAGAACUAUUAGAUAUAUUAGAUAUCUAACAUAAAUUUGAUCUAUCCUUUCAGUCGUAUCUGUUUUGAUGGUGUCGAGCCAGCAAGUUCUUUUCCGUCCCCUUCUUCUGAUUCCACUGACCAUUCCCAACAUUACUGACUUCUCUAGUGAGUUCGCUCGCAUAACAUGGCCAAAAUUAGUCAGUCAUAGUGUCGUGAUUUCAGCUUCGAGUGAUAACCCUGAUUUUAUGUGAUCCAGUACUAUUUGUUUUCCUGGAAGAUGAUGAUUCUGACUAAUCUGCUUUUGGUAGUUUGAGUGAUAUCUUUGCUCUUCCAGAUCUUAUUCAUACCAACUAUUGCAGUAUGGCCCAGUGCGACCCUGUGCUUGAUUUCAGGGUUGGAUCUUCCAUCUUGGUCAAUUUUUGAUCUGAAGAAGAUGAAAUUCUGAACUGAUUCAGUUUCUUUGUCAUUGAUUUUAAACUUAACUUCUCCACUAGCUGCUGUCAUCAUUAUCUUUGUUUUAUUUAUGUUAAAGGUAUAGUUCACCAAAAAAUGAACAUUUUGUCGUUAUUUACUCACCCUCAAGUUGUUCCAAACUUGUAUGAGUUUCUUUCUUCUGCUGAACACAAAAGAAGAUAUUUUAAAGAAUGCUGGUAACCAGACAGUUGAUGGUAGCCACUGUUUUCCAAAGUAGGAAAAAAAAAAAAAAUACUACGGAAGUCAAUGGCUACCGUCAACUGUCUGGUUACCAGCAUUCUUUAAAAGAUCUCCUUUUGUGUUCAACAGAAGAAAGAAACUCAUAGAGGUUUGGAACAACUUGAGGGUGAGUAAAUAACGAAAAAAAAAAAAUCAUUUUUGGGUGAACUAUCCCUUUAAAGGUGCAAGCCCCAUUUUUUCACUUUCUUUCUUGAUUUUCAAAAUUAAAUGUAUUAGGUCCUCUUCCCUUUCAGUCAGUAAGUUUGUAUCGUCCGCAUAGUAUCUCAAAUUGUUGAUGGUUCUUCCCCUGAUCCUGACUCCAAUUUUGGACUAGUCCAGGUCUAAAUUGCUCACAAUCACCUCAGUGUAGAGAAUGAAAAGAAAUGGGGACAAACUACAGCCCUGUCUCACACCUUUGCUGAUCCUGAACCAAUCUGUAUCACCAUAGAGUGCUCGUACAGUUGCUUCCUGAUCGCUGUACAGUGAUCUAAUAAGCUUGAUCAAAUGAACUGGGACACCGAGGUCAUGCAGAGCCACCCAGAGCUUGUCACGUUCAACGCAGUCGAAAGCUUUGCUAUAGUUGCUGUAGUACACACAUUUAUACCUUGACAAAGGCUGCUUGUCUGCUGAAACGUUGGUAAUAAUAAAAAUACUUAAGUGAG